ACAGCACACCGCGAGAAGGAGAGAGAGAGACCCUCUUCUUCUUCCCCCCCCCCCCACACACAAGAACACUCAUCGCGCAGGUGGAAAAAGCUGCCCGGAGAGAGAAGGAGAGGUGACGAUUCGAAAAGGGUGAGGGCUCGUUUGAAAUGGAAAGCGGAAAGACGCGAUUUUUCCUGGAGUUUCUUGGGUAAAUUUUCGGUUCCUUUCUUGGGGGGGGCCUCGGCAGUGCUUUUGGCCUGUAAUGUGAUGCGCCCGGAUCGAAGUUCCGUGUUGGGAUUUUCGUGGGUUCUCCGCUUUUCGGCGAUGGGUGCUCCGUGCUGAGUGAUUCGGCGCGGCUUCCGGUGGCGAGAUUCGAGUCGGGUGGUGGGAGGUUUUUGGGGGGUCGUUCUUGGUGAUGGUGUGUUGGACGCGGGUUUGUUUCUUGGAUCUGGGAAGAUCGCGUCGGGGUUAGUUCCGAAAAUGGAGAGAGAGCUUUGCAUUUCGCUCUUCUUGGUGCUUUGUUCGUCAUGGAUGGCGCACGCCAACAUGGAAGGUGAUGCUUUGCAUAGCCUGAGGACAAGCUUAGAAGAUCCCAGCAAUGUCCUGCAAAGUUGGGAUCCCACCCUUGUCAACCCUUGCACAUGGUUUCAUGUGACAUGUAACAAUGAUAAUAGCGUUAUAAGAGUUGAUCUUGGAAAUGCAGCUUUAUCUGGUCAGCUAGUCCCUCAGCUUGGUCUUCUUAAGAAUUUGCAGUACUUGGAACUCUACAGUAAUAAUUUGAGUGGCCCUAUUCCUAGUGACCUUGGUAAUUUGACCAGCUUGGUUAGUUUGGAUCUUUAUAUGAACAGUUUUACUGGUCCCAUCCCAGAUACAUUGGGCAAGUUAUCAAAGCUGCGCUUCUUGCGGCUUAACAACAACAGCCUGACAGGUCCAAUUCCGAUGUCUUUGACUAAUAUCUCUACCCUGCAAGUGCUGGAUCUAUCAAAUAACCAUCUGUCAGGAGAAGUUCCAGAUAAUGGUUCCUUCUCCUUAUUCACUCCUAUCAGUUUUGCCAAUAAUUUGAACUUAUGUGGGCCAGUUACUGGGCACCCUUGUCCGGGUUCUCCACCAUUCUCUCCUCCUCCUCCAUUUGUACAACCUCCACCAGUUUCUUCACCAGGAGGGAACAGUGCAACUGGAGCAAUUGCCGGUGGAGUUGCUGCAGGCGCUGCCUUGCUCUUCGCCGCCCCAGCAAUUGCCUUUGCAUGGUGGCGCCGAAGGAAGCCCCAAGAAUUUUUCUUUGAUGUACCGGCUGAAGAGGAUCCAGAAGUCCAUUUAGGACAACUAAAAAGAUUUUCACUACGAGAACUGCAAGUUGCGACAGAUAGUUUUAGUAACAAAAACAUCCUAGGCCGCGGUGGAUUUGGUAAGGUUUACAAAGGACGUCUAGCUGAUGGUUCUCUUGUGGCUGUAAAACGGCUGAAAGAAGAGCGCACGCCUGGGGGAGAGUUGCAGUUUCAAACGGAAGUGGAGAUGAUUAGUAUGGCAGUCCAUCGUAAUCUCCUGCGGUUGCGUGGGUUUUGCAUGACACCUACCGAGAGACUUCUGGUUUAUCCCUACAUGGCUAACGGAAGUGUUGCAUCGUGUUUAAGAGAACGGCCUCCAUCUCAGCCACCUCUUGAUUGGAAAACUCGUAAGCGGAUAGCAUUGGGAUCUGCAAGGGGUCUUUCAUAUUUACAUGAUCAUUGCGACCCUAAAAUCAUCCAUCGUGAUGUAAAAGCUGCUAAUAUCUUGCUAGAUGAGGAGUUUGAGGCUGUGGUAGGUGACUUUGGGUUAGCUAAACUUAUGGACUACAAGGACACCCAUGUUACAACUGCGGUCCGUGGAACUAUAGGGCAUAUAGCUCCAGAGUACCUCUCUACAGGGAAGUCUUCAGAGAAAACUGAUGUCUUCGGUUAUGGUAUUAUGCUUCUAGAGUUGAUCACAGGGCAGAGGGCAUUUGAUCUUGCUCGGCUUGCAAAUGAUGAUGAUGUCAUGUUGCUUGAUUGGGUGAAAGGACUUCUCAAAGAGAAGAAGUUAGAGAUGCUGGUCGAUCCUGAUCUCCAGAACAAUUAUGUGGAAUCAGAGGUGGAACAAUUAAUCCAGGUUGCUCUUCUAUGCACACAAGGCUCUCCUGGCGACCGUCCCAAGAUGUCUGAAGUGGUGAGAAUGCUCGAAGGCGACGGCUUGGCUGAGAAGUGGGACGAGUGGCAAAAGGUGGAAGUCCUUCGUCAGGAGGUGGAUUUGGCUCCACAUCCUAGUUCUGACUGGAUCAUCGACUCAACAGAGAAUCUACAUGCGGUUGAGUUGUCUGGUCCAAGGUGACCCCCUGCAUAGUUCAAGUAAAGAAGGCAAUUACUUACUAUAUUAUUUUUUUUUAGUUUGAAAGUUUUCUUUUACCUGCUUAACAACCAUGUGCUGAUUUGUCUUUGUGUAAGCCCAGGGGCGCUGUAUUCAUUACAAAACUUGUGCAUACGAGCUUAUCUUGUUUGAGGUGCA